AUGCGCCUCCUCCAGACUAACCUGGGAAGAUCAAGGCGAGCGCAAGACCUGCUCUACCAAACCAUUUGGGAGAACACGGUCGCCCUAGCGGUGGUGGCAAAACCAUACAGAGUUCUGGAUGCUCCGGAAUGGGCCAGAGAUACGAACGAAAUGGUUGCUGUCACCUGGACAUCAACGCCGGGGUCGUUCGCCCACGGAGCCCUGCUGAAACGCGGCAACGGAUACGUCGCGGUCGAGUCGGCAGGGAUGGUGGUGAUGGGUAUGUACGUGUCACCCAAUAGCGGAUGGGCAGCGUUCAAAGAAUUCCUGGACCGGGUUGGCGACUGCGUCAGGCGUCGACUUCCACGGCAAGUGCUCGUCUUGGGAGACUUCAACGCACACUCCACGGAAUGGGGGAACGCCAGGACCAACGCGCGCGGCCACGCGCUGACGAACUGGGCCGCGGGACUUGGACUCCUGUUGGUGAACGGAGGCUCGACCAGUACAUGCGUGGCGUGGAGAGGCAGCUCCAUCGUCGACAUCACAUGGGCCUCUCCCGACGCAUUCAGGCGGGUUUCAGGCUGGAGAGUAGCCGAAGGGGUCGAGACACUUUCGGACCACCUCUACAUAUUCAUGGAGGUGGACACAUCUGGACCUGGAACGGCGACUGCAGGCGAUGGUCGCGGCCCGCCGAGGAAAGGACGCGGGUGCCCACCGCCAAGAUAG